GAGAAGGUUCCGGGAGGAGGGGAGACUGCGUGACGUCCCGGACGGCUCUGCAGCCACGGCCACUGUCAGUGUACACAGGACCCCGGCCCGUGACGCCUCGCUCCUCGCCUCUAUACUUCGCCAUCAUAUUUUUAACCUCUUAGCAGUUGUUUUAGGUUACAGAAGAUCUUCAGCUCCAAAAAUGUCUUAUGAUUAUGAAUCUUACACUGAGCCUCUGGCUGCCAGUAGCAACAUGGAGUUCUCUGACAAGUCUGUCAGAAUGGGCUUUAUCAGGAAAGUGUAUCUGAUAUUGAUGGCUCAGCUGGCUGUGACAUUUGGCAUGGUAGCAGUUUUCAACCUCAGCACAGAAGUAAAAUUAUAUUUCGGGCAUAAUCCAGCAUACUUCUAUGUUGCACUUGUUGGUACGAUUGUCUGCAUCAUUGCUUUGUCAUGCUGUGGAAAUCUAAGGCGUCGAACACCUCAUAACUUCAUUUUCCUAGGGCUCUUCACGGUCUUUGAAGGAUUUGUUCUUGGUACAGCUGCAGCCACAUUCACUAGCUAUGAGAUUCUUAUGGCUGUUGGUAUAACUUUAGUGGUAGUGCUUUCCCUCACCAUUUUUGCUUUCCAAACCAAGUUUGACUUCACAACAUGUAGGAUGUUUGUUUUUGUCUCGAUCAUCGUUCUCUUUAUGUUUGGCCUCCUAGCAAUGAUCAUCCGUAACAACAUCUUGAGCAUCGUGUACUCCUGUAUUGGCGCAUUGCUCUUUUCCUUCUACCUGGUGUUUGAUACACAGAUGUUAGUUGGUGGAAGUCACAAGUACUCAAUCUCCCCUGAGGAGUAUGUCUUUGCAGCCCUCACUUUGUAUUUGGACGUGAUCAACAUAUUUAUGUAUAUUCUGUCCAUCAUUGGCCACAGCCGCAGCUAAACUUUUCAGGGAAACUUGUUAGUUGUCUACUCUGAAAAUGCAGUAGUAUUCUGGAAUAACUUGUACUACAUUAAGCUUAAAUAGUAAUGCCAGGAAGUUUCAAUUACCCAAUUGUUGGAAAGUAAACAAGGUUAUAUUCAAGUAGCUUCUGAAUAAAUCACAUGAUCUGAAAAUAGGUAUUCCUUGUACACUUGAUCCAACUAAACCUGGCACUUUAACCCUGGCUACUUUUUCCUUCAUACGAAGGAUGUAGAUCGUUCCAUGCAUUAUUAUUGCUUUGAUGGCUCCCGUGUUCAUUUUAUUGUCAAAAUUGCACACUUUGUAAUUUGGUGUAUGAACUCAUGAUUUAAGUCAGAAUCAUAAGUCAUGUUGGUGUGAAGUGUGUGGUUUGCUGCAAGAAGCAACACUAUAAACAGCUUUACUUAUUUUCUGAGAAAGAGAGUAAACGAGAGCAUUUUGCAUGAAUUAUAGACCGCUUCGUUGAUCACAUGUCGAAGAUGUCUUGUAAAGCUCUGCAAGUCCCUCACUUUUACACACCUAUAAUGAAUUUGAAUGUUAGAGUAGCCUUUUUUUAAGGCAAUAUUAGUAGCAUCAACGAACCUGCAAGUACAUGGACAAUACAGUAGUUUUAAUUUUUUUUUUUUUCGCUGUGGUACUCGGUUUUAGGCUUGAUAGGUUGAGAAUUCUGUAAUAGUCAAACACACAUUUGAUUGACUUCAUCAAAAUUGUAAGUUUUAUUUAAUAAAUUGGAUGGUAGUGUGAGUGCAUGGCACAAUUGAUUCGUAUGCACAUCAUCCCCAGGAAUAGUCUAGAGAGCAAUAAUGCUGAGGACCCACUAACACAAGUAUGCCAUGUUUAGGUUGUGCUUGUUAAUGCUACUGGUACUGUGCUGCUCAACAGGUAUUGUACUGUACUGUUCUACCGGUAUUGUACUGUGCUGCUCUACCGGUAUUGUACUGUGCUGCUCUACCGGUAUUGUACUGUGCUGCUCUACCGGUAUUGUACUGUGCUGCUCUACCGGUAUUGUAAUGUGCUGCUCUACCGGUAUUGUACUGUGCUGCUCUACCGGUAUUGUACUGUACUGCUCUAUCAGUAUUGCGCUGUACUUCUGUACUGGUAUUGUACUGUACUGCUCUACUGGUAUUGUAUGGUACUGCUUUACUGAUAGAGCAGUACAGUACAAUACCUGUAGAUACAAUACCAGCUGUACGGGUCGACCGGUAUUGUGCUGCACGGGUCGACCGGUAUUGUGCUGUACGCUACAGUUAUGUAACUUUACCUGCAUUUGAAAGUGAACUGUUCCUCUUUUGGUUAUUAUAUGUACUAUUUUCAGGUAUAGAGACAAGACAUACAGAAAGACUUAUCAUUGGAAAAUAUUUAAUGUAGUGACCAAAGUCCUUAAUGCUACUGCUGAAGAAGUCUCGCUUCAUCCAGGUCGCUGUUCAAUCCCCUACCGUCCUAGUGGUUGGGCACCAUUUCUUUUCCUUGGCCCAUCCCAAAUCCUUAUCCUGACCCCUUCCAAAUGCUAUAUAGUCAUACUGGCUGAGAAUUUCUUCCCUCUACCAGUACUGUGUUGUACUGUACUGCUCUACCGGUAUUGUGCUGUACUGCUCUACUGGUAUUGUGCUGUACUGCUCUACCGGUACUGUGCUGUACUGCUCUACCGGUACUGUGCUGUACUGCUCUACCGGUACUGUGCUGUACUGCUCUACCGGUACUGUGCUGUACUGCUCUACCGGUACUGUGCUGUACUGCUCUACCGGUACUGUGCUGUACUGCUCUACCGGUACUGUGCUGUACUGCUCUACCGGUACUGUGCUGUACUGCUCUACCGGUACUGUGCUGUACUGCUCUACCGGUACUGUGCUGUACUGCUCUACCGGUACUGUGCUGUACUGCUCUACCGGUAUUGUGCUGUAUUGUACUACUAAGUAAUUUUACCUGCCUUUGAAAGUGUUCUGUUUUAUUCAUUAAGUCAGUGUACUUGUACAUACAUUACAUUGUGUGCUAAGGCAAGAUUUAUUUUGUGUGAAACAUUAUUUUAUUGAAGUAUUUUAUUUGCCAGUUUGGUUUGUUAUGUUAAUAGAGUGUACUGCCAUAUUUUUGUUUUAAGAACAUUUAUAUAGGAAGUAAUAAUAAUUUGUGCAGAAUAUUUAAUUUUGACUUUAAACAUUUACAUUUAUAUAUUAUCAUUAAUAUUUUGGGGAGUUUGUUUCAUGUAGAGAAUUAUUGGUAAAAUGUGGAAUGGCUGAAACAGUGGCUGGGAGAUGGAACUAGUCAUUCUUAAUGAAAUUGAGCUCUUACAGAAUUUUGCUUUUAGUAGAGUGUCUUAGUAGUCCAUUUUGUCUUUCCUGUCAUUUGUAAUUAAUACUAACAAUUAUCGCUCUCAGAUUUGUACAUGUCAAGAAAAAUGAUAAUGGUGGACAUGAAUUCAAUGUGACUUAUAAAAGAAACUGGUAAAAAAGUGGCAAAUGCUUUUUGAUAGUUAAAUACAAGGCUACAUGAAGGUUAAAACAAUUUUCACAAACCUGGCAUUACCAAUACUAGUCUUAAUCCGUGACCAGUAGUGGGAGACAUGGUCUUAAAAAAAAAAGUGGCCAUAUUCAAAGAAUUGCCAAAUUUGCCUUUUGAAUAUGUGGAUAUAAUUUAACUUUACAAAUGAAUCAUUUGUUUCUCCGUUUUUGGUUUUAUAUAUAUAUAUACUGUACUGUAUUAUAUUCAGGUAUAGAGACCAGGCAUACAGAAAGACUUAUCACUGGAAAACGACCAUUUGGUCACUACUUGGUCCGGGAGACAUCUCCCGUCACGCAGGGUGCAGUUGCGCCUCCACAGAUCUCCAGUAUCAUCUUUUGAUACUGGUAAUGGCUCGAAAGGGCCACCACUUACGGGCUAUUCAUGCCCGUGCCACCUCUUGGGUGGCUUAAUCUUCAUCAAUCAAUCACUGGAAAACAUUUAAUGUAGUGACCAAAGUCCUUAAUGCUACAGCUUAAUGUUUAGCAACUGUUAUUACUAAACAUUCUUGUAUGCAAUGUUCUGUUGCAUUUUAUCCAUGCCCGACAACAUCUCUAGCAGUCACGUGUUAGUGACUUUACAUAUAUAGGGUUAUACAGUAAUAUAAAACCAUUAAAAACGGUGGAUGCCUCAUGCAUUAUGAAUAGUGUGAUUUGAGACUAUAAACAAGGAGUCGGUAGAUGGCAGGCAUGAGCGUGUGCACUUCGUACAGUAUUUGUCUAGUCAAUUUUUUUAAAUAUUUAUUGCUUUGCAUUAUGCUUUUAAUUUUUAUUUUUUUUAGGUAAAUAACUUGGAUGGGUUUCCUGUAAUAUGAGUUAAGUGAAAGUGUUUGAAGUGUUAGAGAUAUGGCAUUUAUUGUUACGGUCACAUGUUCAUUAGAUGAAGGUAAAUUCAGAUGGAGUUUGAGGCUGUAGCUUUAUUUUUUAAGGUUCAAAAUAUUUGUUUAAUAUUCAGAUUUGCUGGUUGGUUUUGUAUUGUCUCUGCCUCUACUUGUAAGAGUCGCAUAAACAUUGUGUGACAAAGUAUACUGGCAUUAUUUGAGCAUCAUUGAAUCUUAUCUUUGCCUGUGUGUGUGUGAGAAUGUGCCUCAUUGUCAUUUUCCCAGCACCAAUAAAAUACCACAGAUAUGCUUAAUUGGAAUAAAAAUCUAUUGAAAAUACAGCAAUGGUAUUUUUUGAUAGAAACAAGUUUGUCAGCUAUUAGUGUGUUCGCUAGUUGAACACUGGGUACAUAAUUGUAUUGGGGUAUGUCAAAUUAAAAACAGAAUUACAAAGUACAAAUAAAGAGCACAUGUGAGGGAGAAAACAAUGAGGGGCAGGAAGUGGAGAGUUGGUCGUAAAGGUAUUGUUUGCUAAUUCUGUAAGUAUUAAUAGCAAAGCACAAAUGAAAUCACGAAUAUGUAAUGGGUAUAUAAGUAUUAAUAUGAGUAUUGUAAGUAUUGAAGCUGUACGAUGGGACUGAACCUGCAUACCUGAACUCCUCUGGAAUGGUGUGUGGCACACACAUCAUUCCAAUAUGGUCUAUACCAUAAUGUAAUAAAAUGAUUUCGUCCAGAAGUACUACAUGAGUUUGGAAGGCACAAUACGGUGCCAUAAUACUGUAAAAAUUAUGAGUUCUGUCUACACUCAAGUGUUGGUAGUGAUGAAAUAUGGUAUGGGAAAUAGAGCUCCCAGAAUACUCCAGGUGGUGCCUUCCAAAUUCCAUGUGAGUAUUUCUGGUUGAAAUAAUGUUAUGCCCAUCAUGAUCUAGGCCAGGGGUGGGGAACCUGUAGCCUUCUGGCCAUAAAGUGUGGCUUUCUCAAAAGUUGAAAUUUAUCAAAAUCCAUUUCUUUUUUAAUGUUUAUAUAUAUUUUUCACAUUUAUAAUUGUAAAAAUAACAUAAAACAAAAAGUACUGCUAGAUUCAGAAAGUAUUUGUUUUAUUUUUGCUGUAUUUGAGUAUUUAAAUACAUAAGUUCUUUUGCAGCUUUGACUAUAAGCCAAUUCAAUAUAAAAAAAAUGUUACAGCAUAUUAUUAUCCUACUAUUAAGGUGCAGCCCUAUGAAAUCUUCCCAAAGUAAAAUAUGGCCUUCAUAUGAAACAGAUUCCCUACCCAUGUCUAGACAAUAGUACGGGUUCCUAAGAAGUUCAGGUAUUGCGGGUUCGAUUCUAUUGUACAGCUUCAAUAUUUUCUCAUACCAGAAAAUAUUGCAAGGAUGAGAAUGUAAUUAAUGUAAGUCUGUGAUUAAUUGCAGGAAAGUAGCCUGUUCAAUUCGGUAUACAGUGGAAAAUGCUGAACACUAUUGUCCCCAAUGAUAUGAAUUUAAAUGUACCUACAUUGAGUUUAAAUGAGAACCUAUUGGAAGUAAAAAAUACAGAGGUAUAGCUAGAUGAAAGUGAGCUUUGUUGAUAUGUAGAAUAUAAAGUAAAUUAUUGUGAAAUUUUUAGUGAUAUUCGUCCAUCUUAAGUAAGUGAAAGUUUCUAAAAUUAACAGCAUGUUUAUCAAAAAAAUUGUUAAUGUACUGUACUUGUGUGUGCUCUUGCCGAGAUUAGUGUUAAUGUGCUCUCUUGGUUUUCCCAUUGGCGGGGACAGGAAGCCUGUACUUAAGCUUAUUGAGGUUCCUUUAGGUUAACUACUGAUCUUCCCCAGGAUGCAUCUCACAACAGUUGCCUAAUUUUUGAGUACCUAGUUACUGCUAAACGAACAGAAGCAUCGGGUGAAAGGCUCAACAGUUUCUACAGGGGAGAUCUAGCUCGGGACCCUCGGUUGUGAACCAGCAACUGGGCUAUAUGACCCGUGUUUCUCAUACAAGGGUGUCCUUGAUUCAUGUUGGGGGCUGGGCUCCUGGAUAAAUGUGAAAAUCAAAAGCUGCAAAUCAACAUUAGCAAACAAUAUUUGGAAAAUACGUGCUUAGUUUUCAAACACUAUAAAGUCUGCUAUUGACAAAACCUGCAUUUUAAAACCUGCAUAUUAACAUUUUACACUUCAAUCACAUUCCAGUUACAAAUUCAGUAUAUAAUAGUUAAAAAUGCAUACAAUGUAGUAUGGUUCAUAAAUACAACUAAAGCAUAUAAAACACAAGAAAUAAACUUCUGUGGUGGUGACCCGACUCGCUGCGUAAAAUGUGUUGGACCCAGUUGUAAUUCAUACUAGUCCACGUUAAUGUUUUCGUGAGCCGUGUAACUGCAAUGUACACAUCAACACAUUGUCGAUACGCUAAAUGUGCUUACCUGCACAACUAAAUCUGCAUCACAAAGUAAUGAACUGUGCAAAUUGCAUACUGCGUGUAGUUAAUUGGCGAGUAAAUUCUGCAUGAACUGAAAAAUUCCAUAGCAAAGUAAAGAUUACAGGCAUCUUGAUCCUAGGCCUUCGGUUCACUUCUGGUUCUACACUACAGGUAGUUGCAUUAUUCAGCUCACAAUAAGUGAUAUCCAUUGUACAAUAUUUCAUUAAGGAUCUGGUGCAAGAAAUAGAAUGCAUUUCAGGUCCAAAAAUAUGAAUACAUAAAACAGAUUAACUGGUAAAUGCAUGUGCAGUAUGUACUCAAGUAUGUAUAGGUUUGCUAACCACAGUUUAACUCGGUACUCUCAACAUUCUUCCUUCUGAAUACCUCGGGACCAAUUGCAAUUGGAUGUGUAGUCAUUGGUGUCUUGGAUGAGUGCACUGUACUGGAUGAGUACAGUACAGUUUUGUACUACUGUACUACAAAAUAUUGGUACAGUACAGUAAUACGAAAACAAUAAAUAUGAGUACUCCACCAGUGUUCAGAUGUUUCUCCACAUACGAUCUUGGAAUGAUGGCUAGUUAAGUAUGGUGGUAUUGAGUGUGGAGGUAGAUGUUUAGGGCUGAGAUUUUGAGGGUUAUAUGUAGGAGGAACACAACCAGGCUUCAGUUUGAGUUCUUGGAAGCCCUCUCAAAAGUGUCGGUGUUAAUUGCCUCAAGACACCUGCAUUUUUGAAAGUGUGUAAAAAAAAAUGCGAAUGAUUCCUGCAUGCGUAAAAUCUACUAAAUGCCACCAGACUCUUGAGGAUUGGCAUCAGAUCUUCUCUCCAAAACGUUUAAAUGGUUUCAAAGCUUUUCUCUACCAUUGCAAUGCUCGCUUGAGUUGCUCUUUCUUCCUCCUGAUGAAUCUUCUGAAGCCUGCAAAUUUGUCUUGCUAUUUUCUGUCACCAAAUUAAUGAUAUCAGACAUGCUUGGUGCAGUAGGAACAUCUAUAUCACACUCAAUCCCUGCAUCCACUUCAUGAUUGGCUAUGAUGAAUUUUCUCAGUUGUUGGGACUUUGUUUAUUCCUUUAACAUAAGUAAGAAGUACUUGUCUUAAUUAAUUUAAUCUCACUUAUUUUCUUUCCACCAAAUCCUUCAAAAUCUGUAGCAUUGUCAUUAUCAUCAGGUUUGUUCCAGGCAUGCUUCAAGGUUGAUUGCUUGACUAUUUGUGUGCAAUACACCACACAAUUGACUAUAGUAAUGUUUUCAUGAAAUCCUUGAUACCCUUCUUUGCAUGGAGUUGUCUGGCAAACUUGGUUCUGAAGUAGAGUUUGAGGUUCAAUUAUUUCUUGAUUGGAAUUAGAUUGAUUGAUGUGGAUCAAAGAAGUUGUGUUCGGUGGCAGAAAUGUACCACACACAUAUUGCCCAUAGCUAGUUCAUCUUCAUGUAGAUGUGUUGAACUAUUAUCAAGAAAGAGCAUCACUUUGCUGUUCUGUCAAGCCAAUGCAGUGAAAAUGUUUUUUCACCUCGGGGUACGAAAUCACUUAAAAACCAUUCACUAAAAAUGGCUCUAGAUAUCCAUGCAGUGGGUUGAGCAUUAUAAAUCAUAGGGAUAGUAUUCUGAAUAGCUUUAAAUGCCUUUAGAUUUUCAUUUUAGCCAAUAACGAGUGAUUUUAUUUUGUGUGCACCAGCUGCAUUUGCGCAACAAAGUGCAGAGAGCCUUUCAUUAUUUGCCUUGAACCCAGCUGAACCAUAACUUUCAUCCUGGUGAGCGUAUAAAUAACUGUCUAAUAUACACCAGUACAAGCUUGUUUCGUCAGCGUUAUAAGUUUGCUUUGGAGUGAGGAAUCAUCCUGCAUGAUUUCAAAUUUCAACAUGCAUUCCUCUGAACCAUUUGCAUCAACAGGUUGCUUUUUACCUCAUAAUUUGUCAAGGCUAGGGAGGGAAAAAAUUUACAUUCUGAAAGUAUUCAUUUACGCACAAACCUGCGUGAAACAAAUAAUUGGCUGUUAAUCCAUUUACGGUAAUUGUUUACCUGGUGUAAAAGUAGUGUCUGUUAUACAUGUGUUCAACCAGUAGUCUGUUGUAAUAGUAAUUCUAAACAUCAUGAAAGAAGAAAUCAUACAAGUACAGUACUAUAGUUUCAAAAUGAUGUUGCACCAGCUGGAACAAGUUUGGGGAAAUAAGGAAAGAAAGAAUGUUGAAUGUUUUACAAAUUUAAGACAUUAAUACACACAUAAUGUGGAGUUAGGAAACGUGUCGAAAAUCUAAGUCUAAAUGUAUAAUUAAAAAGUACAGUAAUAUAAUAAGUAUGAGAAUAUGUAAUUAAUGUGUUUUAUUGUAAAACAUCGUGCAUAAAGUGAGUUGGUAUAAAUAUAAUAAUGAUGAUUUGCAUCGGGCCAACUUAAUGGUGGUGCACAUGUUAAAAUGUAACUUGAGAAAGUGAUUAAAUAGUCUUCCCAGCUUGGUGCCUUCCUUUGAUAAUUACUUUAAUAAAGUGGUGAAAGCUGGAGGAGGAAGAAUGUUAGAAGGCAAUUUAUGGGUGCUUACAGGUGUAUAUGAAGGUGUUGUACAUAUUGGUACACCAUGUGACCCACAUGGACCCAUCAUGCUCCUUCCCUCUUCUCCAGCCCCAUCUGAGCAGGCAGUAGCUGGUGCUUGCAUGAAUGUGUGAAAGGAUUGGAAGGCUCCGUACUCCCUCUAAAAAUAAGUUGCCCAGAAUGGAACAAUGGAGUUUUAUAUGCACUUAGUAAUUUUGCCUUAAUUUUUUAAGGCAGAAUAGUUAUGUAAAAUUGUUUGGUUAAUAACUUGAAAAUAUUUCUUGUGAAGUUUUGAAAUGAUGAUGAUUGAAAGGUCUGGGGUAGAUUGUUGUGUGCACAAGGCCAUCCCUGGAGGAUGGUUCCAGGGGCAGCAGAAGAGUGUGGUAGUGUACAUGCAGUCAAGUUGGUGAAACAUAAAAUGCUUUAAAAUGGUUAUGAAAUAUCCUCCUUAAUAUCCAUGGGAAGAACAGGAUUUAUAAUUUAGGUAAACCUUUGUGCCAUACUGCAUAAAGAUUGUACAAUAAAACUUCAAGAUAAAUUAUAUUAAAUGUUAAUAUUAUAAUAAAAUUUGAGUUAGUGUCAAUCCUGCUUAUCGAGUAAAUUAAACAUAUUCAGUAUAUUGUUCUAUUUGUACAUGAUUCCAUUUUAAACAAAAAUACCUGCAUGUUUUAAACAAAAAAAGUUCAUUAUUGUUAUUAUUUGCUAAUACUUCUUCUGGCCCCCUUUGUUUUUAUCCCUUUUUCAUUCCAUUUCUUAAGAAAUUAGGUAUAAAAUGUAUGUAAGGUGCUUACAUAUUUAGUCCUUGCAUUAACCUUUUCUUAGUACCCCUAGGGUGUUGAAACAUCCCAAACAAACAAUCCAGCCCAAAAAAAAAAAAAAAAAGCCAUCACGAUUCCAAGCUAAUUUAGACUCGCAAGAUAGUGGAAUGUCAAUAUACAUGUAUGUUAAUUGGUUCUAAAGUAGAGUUAAGCAAGAUGUGUUAAAAAAGCUGAAAGAUUGUAAAUGUGUAAAAUACAAAGAACAGUAGUAGUACUACAGUACUAUGAUAUAAUAAUGAGAAUACAGUACAGUGGAACUUCUGUGUAAGAUUGCCACAGAAUACUAAUUUUUCAGUUUGCAACAACAAUUUCGUAGUAAAAUAUGCCCUGAUGUACGACGUUUACUCUGGAGCUCGAAUCGCUUGAUCAUACUUGUGUGGGUAACACACGUGGAUUCUGCGGGGCUAGGUACAAUCAGUUUAUCUGUAUAUUCCACCUAGGGAUAACCAUACUUGAAUUCUCUGUGAAUAAUUUAAUUGUGUGUGCUUUUUUCUCGUUGCUGAAAAGUGACGUUCUUAAUACAUAUCACACCUUGGGUCCCAAGGAAGUCGAUAGCAAAGUUCAACUUAAGAAAAUAGUUAAUGAUCAGACAGACUGCAAAUUUAUGCUGAAAAUACUUGCCCAGAUAAAGCUGUAGAAAGCCGUUGUGUUAACCUUUUUUUUAUGACAAUAUGAUGUCUUACUACAGACAAUUGUUAAAAUGUAGGCAAAAACAAGUGUCUUUAGACAGAUUCUUAUACAAGUAGUGAACCACAACCAGGCCCUUGCAGUCGCCAAAACAUAGGAGUGAGAGAGAGAGAACCCCCAGAGAUGUUGUCACUGCCUGAAAUGAAUGAAAGUGGACUUCCCAUUUUAAACACUAAAACACUUUCCCUCCUCACCGUCUUCUAUAUGCCAAGAGUCCUCAAUAAAAGUUAAGUGCAGUAAAAAAUACGAGUAGUACUCUGUAUAAAAUGUAUUUUUUAGUCGAUAUUUUUGGGUAUGUGGAAUGGAUUAAUUAAAUUUAUAUUAUUUUUUUAUGGGGAAAAAAAUUUGAUAUGGUGUGUGAAUAUUCAGGUUACGAUGCAUUUCUUGGCACGGGAUUUAAUUUGUUCCCCGAGGUUCCACUGUACAGUAUAUAUAAUUAAAAGUAAUUGUAACUGAAAUGACAAUACUGUUUCAAGAAAAUUCAUGGUAUUAAUGUAUUUUAUAGAAUGUUUCAUUAGUUACUUGGAUUUACUGUAUAGGACAUAUAUUUUCGUACCUAAUACAAUAUCUGGAAGUUAAUGUAUAUAAAUCUACAGUAUUAUAGUAUAUAUGAGAGGAAAACUUAUGACAUUCCUUGUUUGUUCAUAUAUAAGUGUGCAUAUGAGAGAAUAUAUUCAGAACUAAAGGAAAUAAAUGCUGCUUGUCUGGUUGUUGGUUUAUUUGUAGUUUAGUAUUGUUACGAUUAUUUUUGACUGAUACUUCCCAAGUAUUUAGUGCAAUCUUUCAGCUCAUGAUGAUGAUGAUGUUUUCUUUUAGAUAUGUGUAAUCAUUAAAAUCACAAGUGUAAUUCACCCUGUAACUAUACUUGGGUAGUAACAAGAGAACGCGAAUGCGUAAUAGACGAAAGGUUACGUAUUGGCCCCACAUGCCGAACUUUCAGACUCUUAAUGAAACAAAGAUCUGCCCCUUAUUGUCUGAACUCCAUUGUCCAUACAGUAGCACAUCUCAUAGAAUGUCCUGAUUUUCAGGAUGAUUGGGAAUUUUGAUUUCUAGUCUGUCACUUGUCCUUUGCUAACGUCUGUGAUGACUUCACAUUGCUUGUCUCGUGUCCAUUUGCUUUCGUUUUGGCGUCUUGGGUGAUGUCUAGGCUCUUUUGUUACUGUUCCUCAUCACAGAUGGUACUAAAGUCUUCCAGGCUUGGUGCCUUCUUUUGCUAAUUUCUUCUGGAUCAGAUUAUGUUCAAAUGCUUCGUUGGAGCAGUUAAAAUUAAUACAUGUAAUGUUAACAUGUCAUUGGAAUGCAGUGUGUUAAUAGCUAAUUUCAGGUGUUGUAUUGUACUGUACUGUAUUAAGAUGUAAAUUUUAGGCAUAUGCUUUUGCAGGAUUAGAAAUAUAACUUUUUAGAGUAAAUAUUUGUUUGAUCUAUUUUGUGGUGUUCUUUACAUGCAAAAUUACUGUGCUGUAUACCGGGUACUUUUAUCUUUGCCAAUUGUAGUAAAGUAUACUCUUGUUCGGAGCCACAUUUUUGUAUUGAAAGAUAUUUGGUACUCUGCAGUGUGUAACUUUCUAUGCUGGAAAGUGAACUUGAAACAUUAGAUUGAAUGAUUUAGUAUUAUAAUUUAGUUUAAAUUAAAAAAGGUAAUGAAUAAUGCUGGCUUGAGUCUUUAUGCACAAAAUGCUGGCUUUGGAAAAUUUUUGAACGAAGCUUAAUUAGUGGCUUUGUAUGUUACCAUAGUGCUAAUGGUUAAUGCAUAUUUCCAUGAAGUAUUGAUAGGGUGGGUGGUUAUAGUGGCUACCUUUUGAUUUUUGGUUAUAAGAUUGAUUAAUGUAGAUCUGUACCAGAGUAGAAGUUAAGAAGAAGCCAGUACAAAGAAAUGAAGUUAAUUAUUUUUUUGAACUAAAACUAAAGAAUCUCAUAAAAGCAUCAUGGUUUUCAUAGAUGUCGACCAUUGUAGCGUAUAAAACUACAUUUUAAAAUUUAUAAAUAGAAAAUUAUAAUUAAACCAAAGAUUUUUGCAGCAGCGUUUGUGAAGGAAAUUGCUGAAAUUACUGAGGUGACUAACUUAUUCAUUAACAUACAAUAAAAUAUUUUGAAGAAAGAUUAAAUUACAUUUAAUUAUUUUGGUAAGACAUAUAUGACACAUUUGAAAUGCUUAAAUAUCACUAAUAAACCAGAAUGCAUAAUUUUUUGAUAUCUUAAACAUUUAAUGCUCAUAAUUGCAGAAAUGUGAACUACACAUUUGUAGGGCUUUGAAGAAUGUUGUACAUACAAGCUUUGCUCAGUGUGUACAAAUAGUGUACAGUUAUCUUGCAAAAUUCAAGUGAUAUUUGUAUCAUCAAGCAUUUUAAGUAGAUAACUGAACUAUUAAUUUCCUUAGAUUCACAUAUUUAUUAUUUUCACAAUACUAAUGAUUGUAGUAAAUUAUUUAUCCCUCUUUACAUAAACUUUAGGUCUUCAUUUACAAAACAUAUAUCAGUCUUCUUUAAGUUUUUUUGUAAAAGUUAAAACUAUCAGAUUUCUGAUUCUAAUUGAUUACUGUAUAGAAUAUAUUCAUAAUUCUUUUAGUCACAUCCUUAACUAAUAAAUGUUUAUCUUUAAAUCAAGAAAUAUUUUGAAAUAAUUAUUGGUAUUGAUAAUCACAAGUGUCUGGUGCUGAUCGUGCUGUAGUGAAAUUAUUCCCUGCAUUUGCAGUGCUUUGCUAAUGAAGUACCUGGUGCAAUGUCUUCUGCAGUGUUUUUAUAACACGAAAACAUUAUAUGCGGUAAUCUUGUGUUCUAGUGCGUAUAUAUAUAGGGUUACUUUUUAAUAUUUGCUUGAUUAUGGGAAACUGGUUACUGUUUGCUUGAGUGUUUAUAAGAGUCCUGCUAUGCAAAAUGUGAUUUUCCCGUGUGUUAAGUACAGAAAUCAAAAUAUAAAAGUUCAAUCUCUUCACUAUUACUACUAUAGUAAGAUUGUCCAACUAUAUCUGGAGAAUUUUUGUAAGGGCUUAUUAAAUGAAUGUAUGGAAAUACACACCGCAUUUGACGUUGGCACUGAAAUAUUGUGUUGAGCAUUUAGAGGUCUUUUAAAGGCUUUGCCAAAUUUCCAUGGUGUUGUUAUUGCCAAUGCUUUUUUCAGUGGGGAGCCCCUCUGGCUCCCUGGAGUUAUCGGGCUAAUAUGCGAUACAUUAGACCAGGGCAUUAGUCAUUGAAGUUCUGCCUACCGGGGACCACGAGCCAGAACUUGGCCCCCUCAGAGGCACAGGGAGCAAUGACCCCUGGAACCUCCCUCCCCUUGUGGUUGGGGUAUUCCUUAUCUGCUGUCGACCGAGGUUAGGCAUCACAAAAGGUAGGCAUAACAAAACAGACCUCACAUAGUAAGAAAAUUGCAACCUAAAACUGAACAGAGAGGGAGAACUCCCUCAAUUCCCAAGGAAACGAGUAAACAUCACACCUCUUCCUCACAGCCCUCCCUCUCCUUGGGAGAGGGUGGGGGAGCCCUGAACUCCCACCCCGGCUACCCAGCAAUUUCAGUUCGUUGGCUAAUGCGAUCUGGGGUAGUCGUCAAUUCUGAUCUCGGUUUCCUGGCAGUGAUUUGCUUUAGUGGUGUGGUGGCCAGGUGUACUUAAGUGUACCGGGGUGCAUGCGCUUACGGCAGCCUUCCUUAAGUGCCCUCAGAGUACUACCCUUGGGUGUCAAGGUUCUCCUCCCUGGUGCUUUCUGGAUGCUAUUUCCAUAGGUUUUUUUGCUGCUCAGCAUUUACCUCCCCCCCCCCCUCGAGGCCAGCUGAGGUUUCAUGGCCCUUGUUUGGCUUUGGAUAGGGAAUGGCAUUGUUGCUGGUUGGGGCAUCAAGGUGUUGCGCAGCCAGCUUACCUAUGCAGCGGCCGGUUCCUGUUUUCUCUGGGGACGUAUUUUUGUGAGGGUUUUCUUUUACUUCUUGUUAAGGUUGCCUGGUGUGGCUGUAAAUAUGUGACUAUAGGACCACUUAUAUUUUAGUGUCCCUCCGCUAGGCCCCCCCCCCACCCCCUGUGAUUGUACAUGUCUCAGGAGUUUCAGUGUUUUGAUCUUCCCCCUUGUUAGCUUUGGGUCUAACUGGUUCGCAACACCUUGCCCGGGCAUCCUGUAGCAGUCAGCCUACAGGCUCUGGAAAACCCUGUCAGGGCUCAGUGGACCUAUGGAUGCGUCUUCCGAGUUCCAGCUCGCCUCGUGGAAGUUUGAAGGUUGCAAUGUGCCCUUGUCUCAGGGUGACAGUCACUGCUUUUGCCUCCGUCAUGCUGCCAGUUGGGUCAACGAUACCUUUGACCUGGAAUCUUGCAAGUAGUGUUCUCUGCAUGUUCUCCAGUUUACCCAUUCUUAUAACAUUGAUAUUCAGGUACAGGCAGCAUCCGCGUUGCUUGCUAGGUUUAGGUUGCAACGCACUAGGUUGGUUGCCCACCCGCAUGCCCCGAGGCUGCCCUGUUAUAGAGACCUAGACUUGGGGGCGUUAGUCGCUUUGACUUUGAUUCCAUCUGGGCUCCCUGGUCCUUGCCCUGUUGUUCGUCCUGCCCCUCUUUCUUCCCUGCUUCCGGCUCCCAAAUGUUUGAGGGUUUCAGAGUCUCAGCGGGUUUAGUUGGUAAUAAGACCUGGGCAGUUUUGGGGCUGCCCUAUUCGGGUUGGGGGACGGAGGCAUUCUAGCCAGUUCCUCCUGCCGAGGCUUCUUGGUUCCACCAGCAGGCCCCCUUCUUUUCUGCCUUUCCCCUGGACUCUGCCUUCCCCCUGGACUCUGCCUUCCUUUUCUUCAGGGGUAGAGGGUAUGGAGGACUGUCCUGCCCCGGGUCCUGAUUUGUGAGUUCCCAGGGCUGGGGAGGAGUUUACCUGGGGGGCUUGGGUCCCCCUUUGACCCCGCUUGGGUGUUGGUGCCCUUUUUGGGGGGCUUGUUGUUGCAAGGGAAGGGGUUUUCUUAAUCCCCCUUCGCUGUAUGAGUAUGAUUUAAGGUCUGUUUCUUCCUGGGCUCGGUUCCCUUGGGUUCCUCGGCUCCUUCCUUCCGGAGGUUUUCUGCCAAUUGUAUCUCGCCUAAGGAGGUUUGGGAGGUGCUUGCUGCUUCCCCCUGCAAGACCCGAAUUCUGCCUCUGUUAUGGGUGCGUUUGGAGGUUCCGAAGUAUUCCUGGCUGGCAGACUGCUCAUUCUUUUCGUUGGGGGCAUGGCAUGAGUUCUGUCGGACCCCAUAUGCUUGAAUGGCGAGAAACUUGUACCAUUCUACUGGUUUACCUGGGAGGGGCGAAUUUGAGCGUCUUAAUGCGUGCUUGUUCGCCCUUGUGCUUUCUCAGGAUGUUGGCCUUGUGCAGCUGCAAGUGCAGGUUCCCACCCUUUUGGGGUCUUUGUUUGCUGAGGACUUGCAUACCCGUGGGCAUUUGGCAUAGGUCUUACGCUUCUUUUCCAUUCUCGAGCUGUCCUCGGACUUGCUUGAGGAGGAUGUGGGGGCGUUGGGUGCCGGGCCUUGGUUUGGGGCGCUGACUUCUGCGGCUAGGAUGUCGGCCGCAUUGUAGAAGUAGUUUGCACCAAUUCUCAAGGAGGCGGUGUCUCUGUUCUUUGCUUCUAGCCUCGCGUGCCGGCAGGCUGUGUUCGCUCUCUUUGGAAUCCGGCUCCUAGGGCCAGGUGGGCCCUGGCUCUUAGGUUUUCAUCACCGUAUUGUUCGUUGCUGUUUCGUAGCAUUCCUUUUGGCUUGAAUCUGGCACCUCGUGUAUUCAUGUGUCUUACCUGGGUCGUGGUGACCCGUUUGCGUCUGCUAGGGGUUCGAGUUCUGGCCUACCUCGACGACUGGCAGGUGAGAGUUCCCAGCCGGUCUACUCGCCAGGGGUUCGGGUUCCUGGUGAACUGGCCGAAGUCCCAUCUGAUUGCGUUGUUUUGAUGCUUGGCCUCCGAGCUGGAGUUGCUGGGUAGCAGGCGUGAGUGGUAUGGGACUUCCCCUCCCCCCCCCCCUCCUUGGGAGGGGAGGGCAGCACAGUAGCGAGGUGUGAUGUUUGCUUGUUUCAUGGGAAUUGAGGGAGCUCUCCAUCUCUGGUUUUUGGUUGCAAUUUUCUUACCACGUGGGGGUCUGUUUUGCUAUGCCUACCUUUCUGGGUGCCUAACCUUGGUCGAUUUCAUAUAAGGAAAACUCUCAAUCAAAGGGGGGGGGGGUUUCAAGGGCCAUUGCUUCCUGUCCCCCUCUGAGGGGGCCAGGUUCUGGCUCGUGGUCCCCUGGUAGACUGAACGCCAUUGACUAACCCCCGCUGCGUUGGGCCACGACCUUGCUCCUGGUCUAGUGUAUUGUAUAUUAGCUCGAUAGCUCCAGGGAGCCUCUGGGGCUCACCCAGAAAAUGGCGUUUCAUUACAUUCAAGACUGUUUUUUUUUAUUAAAUAUUGUAAAUGUUUAAAACUGUGAUGUGCAGAUUUGCAAUUUUGUUUGUAUUUAAUGCAAAUAAAUAUGAUGUGCUUUA